AUGGCUCCAAGCUCACAAGCCGUUUCCAACUAUCUUUCCAGCCUCUUCAGCCUCGCCGGCAAAGUCGCCGUCGUUACUGGAGGAAGUUCCGGAAUAGGAAGAGAGAUGGCAAUCGCCUUGGGUCGUUCUGGAUGUCGGAUCGUUCUCAUUGCGCGAAGGCCAAAACCGCUGCAGGAUACCAUAGAUCAUCUUGCUGAUCUGCAUGUCACUGCCGAAGCUAUUGUCGCCGAUCUUGGCGACCAGACUUCUGUGAAAGAUGCCAUUCAAGCUAUCAAGGCGACUGUUGGAUCGCCUGAUAUUCUCGUCAAUGCUGCAGCUGUCAACUAUAGACCUCAUAUGAACGACCUCUCCCAAGGAGCCUGGGAUGAGACAAUUGCUGUCAACCUGACUGCACCCUUCACUCUUGGUCAAGCAUUUGGACCAAAGAUGGCAGAGAAUGGCUGGGGUCGUAUCAUCAACAUCAUUAGCCAACAGGCGUUCCGAUCGUACGGCAAUAGCGGUGCAUAUGGAGCCUCCAAAGCAGGUCUCUUGGGUCUGACACGAUCACAAGCAGAAGCAUGGUCUCGACAUGGUGUUCUCUGCAAUGCCAUCGCACCAGGUGUCGUCGAUACGCCCAUGACUCGUGUUGCGUUCAAUGACCCUGCAAAGGCUGAGGCUCAUGCAGCAAGGACCAUGAUAGGAAGGAAUGGUCUGCCAAGAGAUUUUGCGGGGGUUGCUGUGUAUCUGGCGAGUGAUGCAAGUGCUGCAGUUACGGGGCAGACAAUCUUUGUGGAUGGUGGUUAUUCUUCCACAUGA